AUGGAUCAGAAGAAGAUCAAAGCAGUUACGUCAUGGCCUACCCCCAAAACAGUCAAACAAGUCCAAGCCUUCCUAGGCUCUGUUGCACGGCCACUCCACAACCUGACAAGAAAGGAAACCCCUUGGUCAUGGGGCAACCUAGAAGAAGCCGCCUUCCAGGAGCUCAAAUCCUUGGUUACCAAAUCUCCAGUCCUGAUCCAUUCCAACCCCAAACUACCCUACUACCUUGAAACGGAUGCAUCAGGAGUAGCCAUGGGAGCAAUCCUUAGUCAGCAAGGGGAAGAUAACUGCCUACCCCCAGUGGCAUAUAUGUCCAAAUCAUUCUCCAGUGCUGAGGCUAAUUACAAUACCCACAACAAGGAACUCCUGGCAAUAAUCAAGGCAUUGGAGGAAUGGCGGAUUUUCCUAGAAGCAAUGGAUAAACCAAUCCAGGUUUUUACAGAUCACAGAAACCUGGAGUACUGGAUGCAGGCACAAACCUUCAACCAGAGACAUGCGCAAUGGCAAAUUUUCCUGAGCAAUUUCAACUUUGAAAUUCAUUAUUGUCCAGGCAAACAAUCAGGAAAACCAGACGCCCUGUCAAGAAGGUCAGAUUACGUAGACCUCCCCACAGAACCAGAAAUCAUGCUACCAUCAGAAGUCUUUGCAAACUCAUCAGAAGAGGAAGUCAAGAUUGUCACAGACAUUUGUUCUAAGCUCAAGGAAGACCCAUCACUUGAACCCAUCAUCAAAUUCCUGACAGAGGACGCGGACAACUCACCUCUGUCCAUUUGCAAAGCCUACUGGGAUUACAACUGGGAAGAAGACUUACUAUGGUAUUGUGGGAAAUUGGUAGUGCCCAACUCGGAGACCAUCAAAGAACGGCUAUUGAGGGAAUUUCACAACUUGCCCCUUGCAGGACACCCGGGCCAACAAAGAACUCUAGAGCUCCUCAGCUGCAGCUACUGGUGGCCAGGCAUGAAGUCAUCAGCAAAGGAAUGGGUUGAAUGUUGCCCAACCUGCCAAGCCAACCAACGUGCACAUGCCCUGGUUAUUGCCCUGAAACCCCUGGAAGUCCUGUUGUUCUCCUUUCACACUAUAUCCUAUGACUUCAUCACCGGAUUUCCCAAGUCACAGGGUAACAACACCAUCCUAGUGGUCAUAGACUCCUUCUCAAAAUUUGGGCAUUUCAUCCCAACCACAAAGAGGGUCUCAGCAAAAGGGUUAGUGGACUUGUUCAUCUCCCACAUGUGGAAACUUCAUGGUCUACCGGUCAAAACAAUAUCAGACAGGGGAACCACUUUCACAGGCAAGUUCCUAAGGGCUCUCUACCAACGUCUUGGGGUGAAACCAGCCUUUUCAUCAGCUUACCACCCAGAAUCCAAGGGACAAACAGAAAGGGUAAACCAAUUCAUUGAGUUCUACCUCAGGUUGUACGUUGCAGCAGACCACUCAGACUGGGCAACCUGGCUACCAUUGGUGGAAUAUGCUUACAACAACGCCAAACACUCUGCCACAGGGAAAAUGCCCUUUGAGUUAGUCUAUGGAAGAAAUCCAGUCAUGAAUCCUUCCAAAGUCCCGGCAAACGUCCCAGAAGCAGACCUGGUAGCCAACACUCUGGCCCAAAAAUGGCAAGAAGCGGAAUCAGCACUCAAAAUGAUGAAGGAACGCAUGACAAGAGCAUCAGGAGUAGUGCCGGAAUACUCAAUAGGAGAAAAGGUUUGGCUGGACGGAAAAAAUGUGGAGCUCAGAACAAACUCCAACAAACUGGACCCAAAACGCCUAGGCCCAUUUGAAGUGACAGAAAAAAUCUCCAGCCAUGCCUAUUGGCUAAAACUCCUGGAAACCUUGAAAAUCCACAAUGUAUUCUACGUGGGUUUAUUGUCCAAAAGCCAUGAAUCUCCCAGCCAACCAUUCCCAGAACAACCCCCUCCGGAGACAAUAGAAGGAGAAGAGGAAUACAAGGUGGAACAGAUCAUUGAUUCCAAACAACAAUGGGUGGUGUACAACAAUCUCCAAUCCCCCAUUGGAGCCCAAGCCCCUCCUCCACCGGCUCCAACCAGCGCCUAUCCUGCCCUGGUCAAAGUAGACCACCCAGAUGCCUAUAUGGGCAAGAUUGGGAGUGAGGCCAAACAAUGGCUCACAAGGAUGCUGGCAUGGACCCAGCUCAAUGCCAGAAUGUUCCCAACCAAUCAAGAGGUUCUCUCCUUCCUCUUGAUGAAUAUGAAGGAUACUGCUGGGGCCUGGGCCCAUCCCCACCUUGACCAGCUUGGAUCACAUUGA